UCGAAGCAGGAAGAGCAAACUGGACUGUUCUUCCACCCUGCCAGUGGUAGUCGUCAUUAUUCUGAGCACACCCGUGCGAAGUGAUAACAGCGUUCAGGUGUUGCUGAUCGUUCCGAAGUGUUACAUUUGCUACAUGGGUGUAGUGCUGGUGAAGUGUUUCUGCAUUAGCUGGACUGUUAAAAAGUUCUGAAUGAACGAUUGCUAGCGAUAGUAGCGAACCCCGUGCCAAGAGGAAACUUGAGAACUGCACGGCAGUUCGACGACGCGAGAAGCGAUGCAGUGCCCGCCAAAACGAUUAAAAGUACUGAAGCUUUACUGCUGCCUAUUUCUGCUAGCUGCUAUAUUAGUGGCAAAUGCCAAACCGGAGGCGCCACUCAACUCCUAUCUGCCGCCUGCGCAUGGACACAGCAAUGGAAACGGGUACCACGACCGUGGCGAUCACGGCUCAGACCACGGGGAUCACGAUCUAGUGCCGCCGUCGUCCAGCUAUGGCACACCGGACAGCAGCUAUGGACCCCCGCAUCAUCAGUCCGGUUUCCAUCCGGAUCAUCACGAGCACCACGAACAUCAUGAAGACCACACUGAUUCGUACGAAGAUGAACCGGCCAAAUAUGAGUUCACAUAUGAGGUCGACGAUGAGGACGCAGACCUUUCGUUCGGUCACGAAGAAAUGAGAGACGGAGACUACACUACUGGGAAGUAUAACGUUUUACUGCCGGAUGGUAGACGACAGAUCGUGGAGUAUGAAGCCGACCACCGAGGAUACCGACCGAAAGUUAUCUACGAAGGCGGAGACGAACACCCGCACCAUCACGACCAUCCACAUUUGCACAAACAUCACCAGGGCUAUUCCCACGAGGCCCCGCGCAAUCCGCUGGGAUAUCCGGAGAGCGGCCACCAUCACGGGGAAGACGAAACUAACCACGAAAACGGACACAGCCGGGCAGACCAUGGCGUUCACGAUGAUGGCCACCAUGGUCAUCAUGGUUACGAUAGUAAUGCUCACGAGCAUCACGGCCACCAUGGUGGCAAUGGCUACUCGAACGGGAACGGUCAUCAUCAUCGACGACAUUCCAACGACAGUGGCCACAGCAGUCAUAACGGGCACGAUCACGGCGGUGGAAACGGACACAACCACGGACAUCAUCAUCAUCACGGGGAAAAUGGCAAUGGAAACGGCAACGGAAACGGUGCUCAUCACGGCGGAACCGGACACCGCCACAAUGGCUACCACUAGAACUUGAAGACACCCUCUCACGAAUGAAACGGAUUCACGACCCAUGCUCAAUCGAAACGGCUCAAGAUUUACAAUGGCAUUUAUUUACCUGCCGUGUAGUACAAAUUAGUGUUGUUUAUUUAUUAUUGUUCAAUCGUUUCAAGUUAUUCCUAAUGAUAGCUAAUCGUCAAAAAAGACUCACUUGAUGAGCAAAAAAAAAACAUUGUAUCAUCUAAUCUUAAGUUAAGUGCUUAGUAGGUUAGGAAAAUUACGCUCAACUUGUUACAAAAAAAACAACUUAUUUACUCACAUAAUAAGCAUCAAUAAAGCACCAAACCAGCAAGGCAAUCAUCGAAACAAAACAUCCACUGGCUGGAUUCGAUGGUUCAAAAAAUGUAC